AUGACUGAAAAAUAUUUCGAGUGCCUCGAGAGUUUUACCAAUGAUCCUUCUGAAGGAACAGUAGUCUCUCGCAGCGCCCGUGGCAGAGCCCUCGCAGCCCAGUCGCACCGGAAGCUCGACCAAUCCUCCUGCCUAGCGCCCUCCAUCGUGCUUGGGUCCGGGCGGAGCUCCUGCCUAGCGCUCGGUGGCAGGCUCCUAGCGCUGCCUACCCAACCACUACCUCCCGGUGGACACUCACUGUCCGUCGGCCGCGAUGCCUGUACUACGAUGCUGCAAUACUCUGUUGGAAAAAAGAUGGAAGUUGACGAUACUGGACUCUACAGGAUAGCAUAG